GGACGGUUGGCCCAAACCUCUAUUAUUACCCGCCAACUCCCAUUACAUUACCAAGAAAUAACGAAUUGGCAACCGUUGUAACCCAAAAAAAAACAAAAAAAAGCAAAAACCCAAAAUGCCAUAAAGAUUUUAGCACAGAUAUAUGAACAUAGACAGAUAGAGAUAUGAUAUGCAUAUAUUGAUAUUGUUUCUAUGGUAGGAAGAGAUAGAAGAAGAAGAAGAUGGAAGGCCUAAUGGCGGAACCGGAGAAGGGAGUCGCCGGCGUGAUGGAGGAGGAGGAAGAGAAGUUGUUGGAGGGGGUGGCGGUGUUGGAUUUUGAUGUGUUGUGCUCCACGGUGGCUAUGAAGACGCGUGGGAAAUGGACCAAAUUCGAUAAUCAUGAGCUCGAAAAUGGCGGUGUUGGUGGUGAAUUUGGGGGUGUUCUGAGGAUGUGGGAGGGUGGACUUCUCGAUUGCUUCGAAGACCGCCGUAUCGCUCUGGAAUCUGCUUGCUGUCCAUGCUAUAGAUUUGGGAAAAACAUGAGACGAGCUGGUUUUGGUUCUUGUCUUGUUCAGGGAAUUGUGUAUUUCAUUCUUGCUGCUGCUGCAUUUCUCAACUGCAUAGCCUUUGUUGUGACAAAGAGAAAUUGCUUUCUAUUUUUGGGUGGUGCUUUCACCAUCUUAGUUGGAACAUAUUUGGGAUUUUACCGUACAAAAAUUAAGAAGAAGUUUAACAUCAAGGGUAGUGAUAGUUCACUAGAUGAUUGUGGCUACCAUCUUGUAUGCCCUUGCUGCACAUUAUGUCAGGAAUCUAGAACAUUGGAGAUGAACAAUGUCCAAGAUGGGACAUGGCAUGGCCGGGGUGACACAAUCUGCAUAGGGGGCUAUGGCGAAGGCAACAAAUCAUUCUUUCAGUUACGCCCACCGCCUAGUAUGUCAGCUGAGUCUCCUGACCCUUGCAGCAUGCCAAAAAGUAUAAAUGUCGAUGAGCACUCGUGGACCACAGAAGUUGGUCAUUCUGUGCCUUUGGUUGCACCAUCCCAAUAUUAGCUAUGACAAUGUAUGUAUGUAUGUAUGUACAGUCUGUAGUGUUAUAUGAUGGAAAUGUAUUGUUGUUAGGAUUAUUCAUCUAGUUUGAUUUGGAUAGGGAUUCAACAAUCGACUGCCAUUUGAGUCGAUAAACCGUGUAGUCUUAGUGCUGUUCUGAAUUUCUAGCAGAAGCCCCAGGUUCUCACCUCCAAAUAUUCUCCUUAACGCUGUAUUUAGUUUGGAGAUUUAAGAAGGAAUUUGGAAAAGAAAAGGAAACAAGUAUGUAAAACCAGGUGAAAUUUUUUAUUCACAUUUCACUUACUUU